AGGCCCUUUCCAUCACAUGACACUUGAGAAAGGCGGGGUGGCUACCCCGCACGGGGCCCAUCCCGACGGGUUUUCCGCAGGGUCUUACUGCCCCCCUAUCCCACUAGCCACCGUAUAAAACGGAAGCCAUGGAAGAAGAAAUGUUGGCAACGGGCGCGGCGGGCCCUAGAGAAGAAGAAGAGGAGGGCCACACAGCUCCCACGAGUGUCAGCGCUCCCAUGGAGGACAGCGAAGGCUGCGAGGGCCUCUGGGAGCUACCCGUGGAGCUCAGCGAGCGGAGACCGGAGUGCAGCCGCUGCGGGCGUCCUCAAAAGGUUUGUCUGUGUCCAUUCUUGCCAGUUCAUCCCUUGAAAGUCUCCACCUGUCUAUAUAUCAUCCAACAUCCAGCAGAGGAAAGUAGAGUACUACGGACAGUUCCUCUUCUUGCUGCUUGCCUACCCGAAGACAAAUGUAAAGUUUUGAUUGGUCGACGCUUUAGUGAAGACCGGUACCCAGAGUUGGCAACUGUCUGCAAAAAUUCAAAUACUUUAAUAUUAUAUCCUGGAGCUGGAGCAACAAAUUUGGAAGAAAUAAAUAUAAAUUCCUCUGAUCCCUGUGUAAUUAUUAUCAUUGAUGGGACAUGGAGUCAGGCCAAGGAUAUAUUUUUUAAGAACUCACUUUUUCGAAUACCUAAACAGGUGGAACUGAAAACUAGCCUUUCAAGUCAGUAUGUAAUUCGCACACAGCCCACAAACACCUGUCUCUCCACACUUGAGUGUGCAGCUGUUGCCCUUGCCAUCAUGGAGAAAAAUGAGAGUAUUAAAGAGACUGUACUCCGUCCUCUUCAAGCUUUGUGUUCUUUCCAGCUUCAGCAUGGUGCUCAAGUUCAUCACAGCAAGGAACAUCUUCUUAAAAAUGGUUUAUACGACAAGCCAAUGCCAAAAAAUAAACGCAAGCUCAGGAGAAUGGAACUUCUAGUGAAUAAUGUUAAAAUUUAGCAAUGUCGUGUGGAUUUAGUAUUAAAAGGUUUUUGUAAAAUCCCUUUUAGCUAAUGAAAUAGAGCUUCAUAUGGAUUUACUCCAACCAACCAUCUCUUAUAAUGGCGUACAUUCAUAUGGCGGCUUGCCCAGAAGAUCAAGCAUAAUCCAAAACCAGACAGUUUGGAUCUUUGCCUUAGAGAAAGAAAUACACAGGAGGUGUCAUCUCCCUUCCACCCCAUAUUUAUCAGUCUGUGAUCUGUGUUACUGCGUCUUUGAUUUUUAUUAUUAGGAGCUUUGUGCAUUCCUGCAGAAGUAACAUCCAUUUUAAAGAACAUUAGGCCAACGAGAAGGAUUCAAUAAUUGAGAACAGAAUAUUCUCAUUCCGAGAUUUUGCUUUGAUUUGUAAUGGAAGUGGGGAUAAAACCAAAAUUUGAAUAUUUUCCUUUAAUUUUUUAUUUUAUUCAAACAAAUGAAGAGACAUAAUAAUAGUCUUCACAUUAAAGAAAGAAUGAGGUUGUCAGAGAGAGUUUAGCAGUAAAUGUGAUCGGUGGAAAACAAGGCUUUUGUCUUGAAAACAGCUUUGUGUAAAUGAAAUUCAAUAGAUACCACACAAAUAUAGUAGUGUUUUAUUAAUAUUGUGUAUAGUAAACAUGUACACUGUGAGCAGUGGUAUGCAUCUUCAAAAUGCACAAUGGAUGCGAGCCAGUGAGCUGGGGCCAACUGGAUGGCAACACAAUAGUAUUAGUGUUUGGCUGGAAUUUGCUAUGGUGAACAUCUGCAAUAGGGUAAAAGAUGUGGGAUUUCAGAUUCCCCCAGCCACAAUCCUCUGUGGGUCAGAUAACCCUGAAACAACACGGAGUUCACUUGCUGGAGGAAUUUGGUCCCAAGCCAUUUAUGUUCCCCACCCCUUCUGUAUGUGUUAACUGUAUCACAUUCCAGUCUAAAAGUAAUACAUGUAUUUUAUUCAAAAUGAGUUUACACAAGUUUCAAAAUAAUUUAAUUGUGAGUACAUUCAGUACUAGACUUCAGUGUUUCAGUUUUCAGUACUGCUAGUGGAGGUAUCUUAACAUUAUGGGUCAUGUAAAAUCCUGAAGUACACAAGAAUAAGAAUGUUUGGUUUCUCAAAACUUGGCUUUUUAGACAUAUGCAUUUCUAAAGAUCGGGUUAUACAAUGAGUUAUUAUUUUAAAGUAAUGUCAAAAUGUUGGAAAGUCUGACUUUUGAAUGCAAGGGCAUGAGACUUUUAGUUUUUCCUAUGAGAAUGGAAUUUUUUUUGAAAGUUCUAUACCUAAUGUUUAAAUUUGAUGUACUCACACCCUUCUGAAUCAUGGCCACUAACCUUGUCUCUGCUUUAGGUUGCUGUUAGAGACUACAUCUGUAUUGGAAACAUUAAAAUCUUAUCUAGCAGAUCUUUCUAGAGAAAAAAUAUUCUGAGUAUGAACAAGUUGUAGAAAAAUAUGGUCAAUAUAUUGCUGAGCGUCUAGAUAUACAUACAUAUAUUUUAUACUCAGAAUAUAGGGUGUGGGUAUCCAGACAAUACUAGUACUUCUGAGAAUAUAAAUUCAAGUAAAAACUGCUGAUGCUGACAUAAAACAUUUCUAUUGUAGAUAUACUCAGGCAAUUGUUUCUAUGAAACAAAUAGCAAAUAAGCUUUGUACAUAUUAAUGGAGAAAAUUCUCAAUUCCUUUGAUGAAUUCUUUCAUACUUCAUGUUCAGCAAUAUUACAGUUUAACACUUUUAUUUUGUUAUGAAGUCUAUUUUCACCACCAGAAGACUAAUCAUUUUUCUUUAAUAAAAUAUUCUUUUAAGGUCUGAGGAUAAGAGGGAAAUAUAAUUCCCUUAAUUCACAAACAAUUGAAAGAGAAUGAUUUAGUAUUUGUAAUCAAAGAAACCUUUCAAUUAUAAUCCUAUAACUUGUAUUUUUAUUUAAAAUAGAUUAAAGCUGCAUAUUUAUGAAAGGUCUUUCAUUUCUUAUAUACUUGUAUAUAGUCAUCCUAAUACAAUGGCAUUUUUUAUUAUUAUUACUCAGAAUGUUUUGUAGAGUGACAUCAUUUAGAAUUAGAAUUUGGCUGGAUAUUUGUUCAGACCUUCUGUUUGUGAUAUAUCAUAUGGUUGAAUCAGUUUAUUCGUUUUAUAUAGGAUUCUUAUGUUUAAUUCUGUUUUAUCUUUAUGUUUAUCAGAAGUGUCAUACAUGGUGUAUUUAUGUUUAUUACAAAUGUUCCCAUUAUUUUCAGAAAAAAACACGAGAACAGAAAAGAAGUUCUAAAACUAUUGUUUAUGGUUAUUUUCAAUGUACAAUUGUGUAAAUGAGAUCUGAAGAAAAGAUCCACAUGUUUAGGUUUAAUUAAUUUUGAACGUUAGCAAGAUAUUAAACUCAUGUGUCCCCCCCCCCCCCCCCACCAAAUUUAUAGAAUAGGAUGUUCUAUUCAUUUUUAAAGUGGCAAAUGACUUAUUCAUUCUGUUUCAAAUCUGAGUUAUAUACUGUUUUAAUUUUUUUUUUAGAAAAAUCAGUUCUGCAAGAUUCUCAUGACUUCACAAAAGCAAGAGUUAUUUAACAUGCUUGAUGUAGUAUAUUGCUGAAAUUAACAUAAUCUAGUACUAUUCCUCCAUUGAAUUCAGCUUGGGAUCUUAUGACUAGGCAUGCAUAGGAUCAUGUUCUUAAGGUCAUUCAAGUUGAUUGAUCUGCAGUCCUUUACCAAAGAGGUAGGGUUUCUUUACUGAGUUCAAAUUAGAGGCACUGUGCAGAAGACUUGUAGAGGCUUCCUCUUUCCUUUGACAUCCCAGUCUGGCCACCGCCUGUUCAUUUAUAGGAAGUGUGAAUAUUGGUUGGAAGGCUAUUGUCUAAAUAUAAUUCGACACUAACUGAGUGAAAAUCCUCAAUGGCAUAGCUGUAGUGCAGUGGUUCUCAACCUGUGGUCCCCAAUUGUUUUUAGCCUUCAACUCCCAGAAAUCCCAACAGCUGGUAAACUGGCUAGGAUUUUUGGGAGUUGUAGGCCAAAAACAUCUGGGGACCCCAGGUUGAGAACCACUGUUGUAGUGGAUUAUUGUUUGCAGAAUGAGUUGCAACUGAUUUGUACAUCUGUAUGCAUAGUAAUGCAUUGAAUGUCAAAAUAUGCAGCAGCUACCACAGUGAUGACUAUAGGACCAUAAUCUUAAUCCGCAUGGAAAUGCAUAAUGCCCUUAGUGUAUGCCAUAAACUUACAAGGUAGGGUUCAAAUUUGAAAGGCAUCGUUCUCUAAUAAUUUCUGAUGUUUUUUUUUGUUGAUUUGGUACUUAUUCUGAUUCUGAAAUUUUCUGUGUCAUUUUAGGCUACACAGAGUCAAAGCAGAAAUUUUGUAGUAGUUUGUUCAUUUUUUAAUUAAAUGAAAACUUUCUUUUUUAAAAAAAAAUGUCUGGACUCUUUAUUGAUGGGAAUAUUUUUAGCAUUUGAUGCUUGCUUGAUAUUUGAAUAAAGUAUUAAGCCCUUUA